AUGUAUCAAUUACAUUAUUUGUUAAAUUUACUUCUGCUUGUUAGCUCUUUUUCAGUUGUAAAUGCAGCUUUGCCGGUAGGUUGUACAUUUGACACCCAUAAAAAGGCUCUAAGUUGUGUUACCAGUAUUCCAUGUAAUGAAGCAAGUAUUUUUACAAAGGAUAUUAGUACAGAAACUUGGAUUAACCCAAGAGAUGGUAAGAAAUAUCCAGCUAAAUGGGAGACAAUUUGUACACCAAAGGAACAAAUAUCUAUUAGCACCAAUGUUACCACAAUUUACAAAAACUUUCCAAAAUUGAAAAAAAGAUGGUUCAACAUUUUUGACCGUUCUACCACAACCUCGAAGUUUUCAAUGUCUCCAUUCCCUACAAUGUCUAUGUCUCCAUUCCCCACAAUGUCUAUGUCGCCAUUCCCUACAAUGUCUAUGUCGCCAUUCCCUACAAUGUCUAUGGCACCUUUCCCUUCUGGAUUCCCAUUUGAUGAUUGUGGUCCUUGUGCAAGUAAAAAGUUACACACAACUAGCUACGUUUACACAUAUUGGACUGGUAAGUUUACGUCAACCUUCAAAACUACAACAACUACCUUUACUGGCACAGAUGGAAAGGAAACAACGGAAACUAUUUAUUUUGUAGAAACACCACCAAAAGGCCGUAUUUCGACAAGUUUUACAUAUUGGACAGGGGAUUAUACUUCAACAUUUUCAACGCUAUUUUCAACGUAUACAGGUACUGAUAGAUGUAAGACAACCGAUACUGUGUAUAUUGUCGAAACUCCUUCUCGUGCAACAACUUCUACAACUACUACAUAUUGGACUGGUGACUUCACCUCAACAUACUCUACAAAUAUCAAGACUGUCACUGGAACCGAUGGCAGUGAAACUACCGAGACAAUCUAUUAUGUCGAAACUCCAGUACAUGCUUCCACUUCUACCACCACCACUUAUUGGACUGGCGACUUCACCUCAACAUACUCUACAAAUAUCAAGACUGUCACUGGAACCGAUGGCAGUGAAACUACCGAGACAAUCUAUUAUGUCGAAACUCCAGUACAUGCUUCCACUUCUACCACCACCACUUAUUGGACUGGUGACUUCACCUCAACAUACUCUACAAAUAUCAAGACUGUCACUGGAACCGAUGGCAGUGAAACUACCGAGACAAUCUAUUAUGUCGAAACUCCAGUACAUGCUUCCACUUCUACCACCACCACUUAUUGGACUGGCGACUUCACCUCAACAUACUCUACAAAUAUCAAGACUGUCACUGGAACCGAUGGCAGUGAAACUACCGAGACAAUCUAUUAUGUCGAAACUCCAGUACAUGCUUCCACUUCUACCACCACCACUUAUUGGACUGGUGACUUCACCUCAACAUACUCUACAAAUAUCAAGACUGUCACUGGAACCGAUGGCAGUGAAACUACCGAGACAAUCUAUUAUGUCGAAACUCCAGUACAUGCUUCCACUUCUACCACCACCACUUAUUGGACUGGUACCUAUGAUUCAACUUAUUCUACUGGAUUUACCACUAUAACCGGUACCGAUGGUAAUGAAACCACUGAAACAAUUUACUACGUCGAGACUCCUAUUAGGGCAACUUUAAGUACCUCUACAUCAUACUGGACACUAUCUGGCUUCUCAACAGUUACUCUUUACACUACUACUUUUACCGGUGAAGAUUCCUUUGAAACUACUGAAACUGUAUACGAAGUUCUAGUUCCAAUAUUUGAGACCACAGUUACAAUCACCACUGAUUUUCCAGAUUUCAUUCAAGUCGUGCAGACACCAUCGACAUAUUCAUCAGAAUACACAACUGUCACUAACAAAUUUGGUAAAGUAUUUGCAGUUAUGGUUUAUUACGUCUGGUUUCCUCCAAGUAGUACUCAAACCCAAGAAGAAACACUUUCUCAAUUGAAUUUCUUAUUUUAA